UCCCAAAAACAUAGAUGUCAUCCCAGUGUUUGAAAGCGCAGGCUUUUCAGCAUUCCACUUAAAUCACACUCCUUUUGUUUCUAGAACUAGAAUAGAUAUUAGCAGUCUCAUCUUAUCCCGCGAAAAAAAUUAUACUCCUGAAGUAAUUCUCUACACCAUGUCUUAUGUACCUCCUCACCUGAGAAAUUCUUCUGCCGGCAAAACCACCACUCUGAACAGUAACGGCGCCGGCGCCGAUUACUUCUCAUCAAAACGCAGCUCGCAUCAGUCCAGAAUUCAUUGCAAUGGCGAGCUUGACAAGUCCUCGUCCAACGGAUACUCUAAUUCAUCUCGCCGGAGCUCCGUUAAUUACUCGACGGCAUCGAGAACGGCCAUCCCUGACCCUGAGUUUCCCCAGUGGAAGCCUUCCGAACGAGUUCUCCGUCUUAAAUCCGAGCAGAUAGAAGAGAUUCGAUUAAGGCUUAACGUUGAUGUAAAUGUUGCCCCAGGCUCAAGUUCUGCACCUGCACCUAUUGAAUCAUUUCCUGAUAUGUGCUUGCAUCCUAGCAUCAUGAAGGAUAUUGAAAAGCAUGGCUACACUGCACCGACUUCUAUUCAGGCUCAAUCCAUGCCAGUUGCUCUUAGUGGAAGAGAUCUCUUGGGUUGUGCUGAAACUGGUAGUGGGAAGACCGCCGCGUUCAGCAUACCUAUGAUACAGCACUGUUUGGCUCAACAACCUCUUCAACGUGGUGAUGGACCUUUGGCAUUAGUGUUGGCGCCUACGAGAGAGCUUGCACAACAAAUAGAGAAAGAGGUUACGGCUUUCAGCCUGUCACUGGAUUCCUUUAAGACCGCAAUUGUUGUAGGUGGGACAAACAUUAGUGAACAGAGGUCUGAACUUCGAGCAGGGGUACAUAUAGUGGUUGCUACUCCAGGAAGACUUAUAGAUCAUUUACAGCAAGGAAAUACUUCCCUCUGCAGGAUCUCUUUUGUUGUUUUGGAUGAGGCUGAUAGAAUGCUUGAUAUGGGGUUUGAACCUCAGAUAAGAGAGGUGAUGCGAAAUCUUCCAGAAAAGCAUCAAACACUGCUCUUCAGUGCCACCAUGCCGACAGAAAUUGAAGCAUUGGCACAGGAUUACUUGACUAAUCCAGUGCGAAUAAAAGUUGGAAAAGUUAGCAGCCCGACUGCAAAUGUUUCCCAGAAUUUAGAGAAGGUACCUGAAAAUGAUAAGAUUGACCGACUUUUGGAUUUGUUGGUUGAGGAGGCAGCUCAAUCUGAAAGAUCUGGUCAUCCCUUCCCUUUGACCAUUGUAUUUGUGGAAAGGAAGGAAGUUCUGUGGUUUAAGGCCAGGAGUGAUCCAGAAGCAACUUUUGGACGGCAGCAGUAG